AUGUCGGGGGCAGCUGCAGGGUUCAAAAAAGCCAAGUUUGAUGGUGCCCAAGAGAAAUUCAACACGUAUGUGACCCUGAAGGUGCAAAAUGUCAAGAGCACGACCAUCGCGGUGCGGGGCAGCCAGCCCAGCUGGGAACAGGAUUUCAUGUUUGAGAUUAACCGCCUGGAUUUGGGGUUGACGGUAGAGGUGUGGAACAAGGGUCUCAUCUGGGACACAAUGGUGGGCACCGUGUGGAUUCCCCUGCGGACCAUCCGCCAGUCCAACGAAGAGGGCCCUGGAGAGUGGCUAACACUGGACUCUCAGGUCAUCAUGGCGGACAGCGAGAUCUGCGGCACCAAGGACCCCACCUUCCACCGCAUCCUCCUUGACACCCGCUUCGAGCUGCCUUUAGACAUCCCUGAGGAGGAAGCGCGCUACUGGGCCAAGAAGCUGGAGCAGCUGAACGCCAUGCGGGACCAGGAUGAGGUGAGCGUUGGAGGGGGCGGGGCGGGGGGACGACUCUGCAACUGGAAUUAUUUUGGCUGGGGUGAACAGCAGAACGAUGACCCUGACAGUGCGGUGGACGAUCGCGACAGCGACUAUCGCAGCGAGACAAGCAACAGCAUCCCGCCACCCUAUUACACCACAUCCCAGCCCAAUGCCUCAGUCCACCAGUACUCUGUCCGCCCACCACCCCUGGGCUCCCGGGAAUCUUACAGUGACUCCGUGCACAGUUAUGAGGAGUUCUCCGAGCCGCGGGCCCUCAGGCUCGGGCACAGUCCCUCGGGAGCUGCCCCUGCGCGCUCCGGCCUCUACCGCUACCCCCUCGAAAGUCGACUGGCCCUAGACCUGUCCGACAGGCGGGCCACGCCACUGCCCGAGGAGACAAAAGCGGGUGUGGAACCUACCUUGCUCUGGGGAGAGGCUGCCACACUGACCGUGUCUGUCUGUCUGUCUGUCACGCAGGCCCGAGGAGAAGGAGAGAUGUCCAAAUCCCUGUGGUUCAAAGGCGGCCCUGGCGGUGGCCUCAUCAUCAUUGACAGCAUGCCGGACAUCCGCAAGAGGAAGCCCAUUCCACUCGUGAGCGACCUGGCCAUGUCCCUGGUCCAGUCCAGAAAAGCGGGCAUCACCUCCGCCUUGGCCUCCAGCACUUUGAACAACGAGGAGCUGAAAAACCACGUUUACAAGAAGACCCUGCAAGCCUUAAUCUACCCCAUCUCCUGCACGACGCCGCACAACUUCGAGGUGUGGACGGCCACCACGCCCACCUACUGCUACGAGUGCGAGGGGCUGCUGUGGGGCAUCGCGCGGCAGGGCAUGCGCUGCACGGAGUGCGGCGUCAAGUGCCACGAGAAGUGCCAGGACCUGCUCAACGCAGAUUGCCUGCAGCGGGCUGCAGAGAAGAGCUCCAAGCACGGGGCGGAGGACCGGACGCAGAACAUCAUCAUGGUGCUCAAGGACCGCAUGAAGAUCCGGGAGCGGAACAAACCUGAGAUCUUCGAGCUCAUCCAGGAGAUCUUCGCCGUGACCAAGACCGCGCAUACGCAGCAGAUGAAGGCGGUCAAGCAGAGCGUGCUGGACGGCACGUCCAAGUGGUCGGCCAAGAUCAGCAUCACUGUGGUCUGUGCCCAGGGCUUGCAGGCAAAGGACAAGACGGGAUCCAGUGACCCCUAUGUCACUGUCCAGGUUGGGAAGACCAAGAAACGGACGAAAACCAUCUAUGGGAACCUGAACCCUGUGUGGGAGGAGAACUUCCACUUUGAAUGUCACAACUCCUCAGACCGAAUCAAGGUGCGUGUCUGGGACGAGGAUGAUGACAUCAAAUCCCGUGUGAAGCAGCGGUUUAAGAGGGAAUCCGAUGACUUCCUGGGACAGACGAUCAUCGAGGUGCGGACACUCAGCGGCGAGAUGGACGUGUGGUACAACCUGGACAAGCGGACUGACAAAUCCGCCGUAUCAGGUGCCAUCCGGCUACACAUCAGUGUGGAGAUCAAAGGCGAAGAAAAGGUGGCCCCCUACCAUGUCCAGUACACUUGUCUACACGAGAACCUGUUCCACUUCGUGACAGACGUGCAGAACAACGGGGUUGUGAAGAUCCCAGAUGCCAAGGGUGAUGACGCCUGGAAGGUUUACUAUGAUGAGACAGCCCAGGAGAUUGUGGAUGAAUUUGCCAUGCGCUACGGCGUCGAGUCCAUCUACCAAGCCAUGACCCACUUUGCCUGCCUCUCCUCCAAGUACAUGUGUCCCGGGGUGCCCGCCGUCAUGAGCACCCUUCUCGCCAACAUCAAUGCCUACUAUGCGCACACCACCGCCUCCACCAACGUGUCCGCCUCUGACCGCUUCGCUGCCUCCAACUUUGGGAAAGAGCGCUUUGUCAAGCUUCUGGACCAGCUGCACAACUCCCUUCGGAUCGACCUCUCCAUGUAUCGGAAUAACUUCCCAGCCAGCAGCCCAGAGAGACUCCAGGACCUCAAAUCCACUGUGGACCUUCUCACCAGCAUCACCUUCUUUCGGAUGAAGGUGCAAGAACUCCAGAGCCCACCCCGAGCCAGCCAAGUGGUGAAAGAUUGCGUGAAAGCCUGCCUCAACUCUACUUAUGAGUACAUCUUCAACAACUGUCAUGAACUCUAUAGCCGGGAAUACCAGACAGAUCCGGCUAAGAAAGGAGAAGUUCCCCCAGAGGAACAGGGACCCAGCAUCAAGAACCUUGACUUCUGGUCCAAGCUGAUCACUCUCAUAGUGUCCAUCAUUGAGGAAGACAAGAAUUCAUACACUCCCUGCCUCAACCAGUUUCCCCAGGAGCUGAACGUGGGUAAAAUCAGUGCUGAAGUGAUGUGGAACCUGUUUGCCCAGGACAUGAAGUAUGCCAUGGAGGAGCAUGACAAGCAUCGCCUGUGUAAGAGUGCUGACUACAUGAACCUACACUUCAAGGUCAAGUGGCUAUAUAACGAGUAUGUGGCAGAGCUUCCUGCCUUCAAGGACCGCGUGCCUGAGUACCCUGCGUGGUUUGAGCCCUUUGUCAUCCAGUGGCUGGAUGAGAAUGAGGAGGUGUCCCGGGAUUUCCUGCAUGGGGCCCUGGAGCGAGACAAGAAGGAUGGGUUCCAGCAGACCUCAGAGCACGCUCUGUUCUCCUGCUCCGUGGUGGACGUCUUCUCCCAGCUCAACCAGAGCUUUGAGAUCAUCAAGAAACUCGAGUGCCCUGACCCCCAGAUCGUGGGGCACUAUAUGAGGCGCUUUGCCAAGACCAUCAGUAAUGUGCUCCUCCAGUAUGCAGACAUCAUCUCCAAGGACUUCGCCUCUUACUGCUCCAAGGAGAAGGAGAAAGUGCCCUGCAUCCUCAUGAACAACACCCAGCAGCUCCGAGUGCAGCUGGAGAAGAUGUUCGAAGCCAUGGGAGGAAAAGAGCUGGAUGCUGAGGCCAGUGACAUCUUGAAGGAGCUCCAGGUGAAACUCAACAAUGUCUUGGACGAGCUCAGCCGGGUGUUUGCUACCAGCUUCCAGCCACACAUCGAGGAGUGUGUCAAGCAGAUGGGUGACAUCCUCAGCCAGGUGAAGGGCACGGGCAACGUGCCAGCCAGUGCCUGCAGCAGCGUGGCCCAGGAUGCUGACAAUGUACUGCAACCCAUCAUGGACCUGCUGGACAGCAACAAGGAGCUAAGGGUUGAUCACCCUGUGACAUUGUCUCUGCAGGGCACCCUCUUGAGAAAACAUGGCAAGGGAUUAGAAAAGGGCAGGGUGAAAUUGCCAAGCCACUCAGAUGGAACCCAGAUGAUCUUCAAUGCAGCCAAAGAACUGGGUCAGCUGUCUAAACUCAAGGACCACAUGGUACGAGAAGAAGCCAAGAGCUUGACCCCGAAGCAGUGUGCAGUAGUUGAGCUGGCCCUGGACACCAUCAAGCAAUACUUCCACGCAGGUGGCGUGGGACUCAAGAAGACCUUCCUGGAGAAGAGCCCAGACCUGCAGUCCCUGCGCUACGCCCUGUCCCUCUACACGCAGGCCACCGACCUGCUCAUCAAGACCUUCGUGCAGACGCAAUCGGCCCAGGGUAAGCGGCGGCCUAGCGCGCGGCGACCCAGCCCCUACCCAGCGAGGCUGCCACUGACUCGCCUCUGUGACGUCACGGCCCGGGGCAACUGA